AUGAAGGGCAACGAGCAUUUCAAAAAGAAUGAGUACUCUGAAGCAUUGGAGGUCUACACUCGCGCAGCAGAGACCUACAUGUAUGAUGCCAGCAUCUGGCUUAACCGGUCAAUCUGCAACAGGAAGUUGAACAACCUGGACGAUGCCGCAACAGAUGCAGAAAUUGCUCAGGAGAUUGAUCCGAGCAAUGUCAAGGCAUACUACAACCGAGCACUGGCAUUGCAACUGCUGGACAAACAGGAUGAGGCUCUCAGUAUCUGCAAGAAGGGCCUUCAGACACAGUCAGACAACAAGGCACUGCAGCAGCUCAAGAUCGAUCUGCAGAAGAGCCUAGCCGAGGCCAGUGCUUCAUGCCCAGGCGAAAUAGCACCAAGCCCACAAGGUCCCGUGAAGGUCGCUUCCGCGAUGCACAAGAAAGACCAGAAGGAACACACGCAAGAGUCUACAAAUGGAGUCUACGAGUGGAAAAAUGGGGAGCCCAGUGAAGCGGAGCGGCAGGGGUACAAGAAAGCAAUGGUAGACAUGUUCAGAUCGAAGUACGAAGAGUUGAGGGCGAGGGCUGAUGCUGCAAAGUCCAAGAGAUCGACUCUGCAAACGGACCAUUAUGAGGAUGUUCAAAAACAGUCCCUUCAACUCACUGGCGGACACAGACCAAUGGAUAGGCCUGACGAUGUUGACCUUCCCGUCGACUAUCAGCAGCCGGUUGGUUUGCUCACUGCAGAGCAGUUGGCGGCGUAUGACUGUGACAAUACACAGCGAAGAUACCUGCUGUCUGUGUAUGGAAACAUCUUUGAUGUUUCAGACCGUCCUGACAAGUAUGAUCUGAACGGCCCAUAUUCCAGUCUGACGGGCAAGGACCUAACGUGGGGGUUGUUCGCCGGAGUGGACACAGUCGAGUACACCAACAAGUUCUACGACUUGUACAAGGCGAGAGACUUGGGAAAGGAUAAGCUUGCUGGUGUAUGCAGCUGGCUGGCUUGGUAUGAAACCGAGUAUGGCAAGCCGGUGGGACAGCUGGAGCCCUGGCUGCGAGAGGCGGAGCUCCCUGCGCCGCCACUUGAAGAAAUUGAGGAGAUGUGUGUUGUAAUGUGA